UCUUGCUAACCUGCUCUGGCGCUGACAGCACCCGCAUCAAGCCCAGUGGAACAUCUGGCCCAGGACACCAAACAUCUGGAUCCACCACAUCUGCAAGAACACCCUUUCUUUGCUCUGCCUUUGACAAGAUCUGUUGGGUCCUCUGGGACAGAAGUGGCUGCAAUCUGCAGGCACUUGCGGCAACCUCGGGUCAGAUGGACCGGACAGGGCUGGAUUAGGACGCAGGCAGGAAAAGGACAGGCCCUUUCUAGGGAGUUGAGAAGGACCACCGUGUUCAUCUGCCUUUCAGAUAACCUCUAGUGACUGGGCCUUGGGAGCCACUGGCUGUACGCCUGGAGCGGAAGCAGCGGAGAAGGGGCCGUUUGGGUGGCACUGCAAAGCUGCCGUAGUAAACAAGGCCCGGCAGAGAUACAAGCCAAGCUUGACAUUCCUGCAAGCGCCACAAGAACACACGGUAGAGACUGAGCUGGCAGGCCAGGUCCGUUCUCCGUGAAGAAGCUGCGAAUGGCCAGGUGGGAACCUCCUGCUGCCUUGCACCUGAGCAGGAUGUGUUCCACCUGAGGAUCUCUCUCCUGGUGCCUGCCCUGGAGGAAGAAGCUUUGCAGAAGUCUGUGACCAGGCGAGUGGGAGAGACAGGGGAAAGUCAGAGCUCUGGAAUUUGCAAAACACAUUCUUCAGCCCAGUCAGGAUCUCCUCGAAUGUAAACAGGAAUCAAGGCCCUGUGAGGUAGGGGCACCAGCAGGGAGGGGCCAAAGACAUAGCACAGGCUGCUCUGAUAGCAUUCCAUCCUGAGAUGCAAUUUUAGCCUGGCUCACCUGCAGCCAAGGUGCUUUAGCCCUGGAGUGCAGAAAAAUCCAAGUUCAGCCUGCUUUGGCUGUGUUCAUCUAGCCAAUCUGAGGUGUAAUCCUAUAGGGGCUGGUGUCCAUCCCAGUGCUGUGAGGCAUUACAGUUUGACCAACUCAGCUGCACCCUGGAACACAACCCUUAAAGCUUCACCAGGCCACAGACAGUUGAAACGCAACACGGUCCUCACCACCUGCCUGUCGCCCGGCAAACUGCCUUGCAAGGAAUGCACACAGAACUGGGGUCCUAGGGCAGCUGUCACAACCCGCCAGGAAGAAGGAACUAUCUUGGCGCCUUUCACCCCAGGAUGUGCCCCUGUUCCAGCGGCUUUCUCCAGCACUGCCGCUUCACGGCCCGCACACGAUUCAAAGCCUGGCCUGCUACGAACACCUUCUAGCCCCAUGCAGGAGACCCUCGGAGAACCCAGAGCCACGGACAGUAAUGUUAAGAACCUCCUCAUGUCAUGUCUGAAAGGGCAACAGGUCAUCAUCAAAAUGGAGGCCAUGAAGAUCAUCCACCCGGAGAAGUUCUCGGAGCUGCAGAGCUCCCAGUCGCGCUACGUCCCUGCCCCCCGCCGUGAGCCUCCACUGGUCGCCAAGCGGGCCUGGCCUUCGGAGUCUGAGAUCAUCGUGAACCAGGCCUGCGGGGACAUCCCAGCCUUAGACAGUAACCCAGGGGCCCUGGGGUUGUCCCGGACACCGCCUCUCCCCCGGCGCGAACGGCUCUACCAAGGACAGCGCAAAGGCAGCUCAGAGAUCUGCUACCACCGCCAGCCACCACCAUCAGAUGAGGUGAUUGUGAACCAGUACGUGCUGCACUCUUCCACCCCAUGCGAGCCACUGGAGUGCCCGACCUGUGGGCACAUGUACAACUUCACCAACAAGCGCCCGCGCAUCCUCUCCUGUCUGCACUCUGUGUGCGAGGAGUGCCUGCAGAUUCUCUACGAAUCCUGCCCUAAGUACAAGUUCAUCUCCUGCCCCACCUGCAAGAGGGAGACCGUGCUGUUCACUGACUAUGGACUGGCUGCCCUGGCAGUGAACACAAGCAUCCUCAACAGACUUCCCGCCGAGGCUCUUUCUACCAACCCUGUGCAGUGGAGCAGCGAUGCUGACCGCAGUUGCUAUCAGACCUUCCGCCAGUACUGCGGGGCAGCCUGUACAUGCCACAUCCGAAACCCGCUGUCUUCUUGCACCAUCAUGUAAGCUGUGUGCUCCUUGCCCUCCCCCUGGCUCCAUCUGUACCCCUCCACCACCCUGGGCAGUAGGACUGUGAGAGAGUGGAGAAUACAACAGUCUUUCUUGGGAGACCCCAAUUGGACAGGCUUAUUGGUCCAUUGGUUUUAUGGAAAUCUUAACCAUUCUGGCUCCAGAAUCUGCCAGUGCGCCCUGCUGAAAACCAGUGUGCUUACAUGGGGAAAGUGGAGGGAGUAAUGUUUCUGAAGUGGAGGUGACAUUGAGGCAUCCUUUCAAUGUUCUCUGCAGCACAAGAGGAUGCAAGAUGGACCAUUAGGAAUCAUGGAGGGCAAGACCUCCCAGCCCACUGCUAGGUCCAUCCUUCAGUUCAUCCUCCUUCUUCUGCAGUCUCUUAGUGGACUACAUCCUUGGAUUUCAUCUCCCCAGGAAGUGUUUUGUCCUUCCGUGUGGCUCACAGUUUGGGGUCCCAGCAGGGCAGCUGUGCUCAUGUUUCUGUCAGCAGCUUGGACAGGAAAGCCGCCCAAGUUAUAGGAGUCAGAAGCAGCCAAAGGAGGUGGCAAGAUACAGGAAUCCUAGAGAAGCAGUGCCAGGCAGGGCCUGUGCCAGGGGCCAACUCAGAUGCCAGUUUCUCUUUUUAAGUUAUUUGCCAAAGCUUCCGUUUCUGUGCCCAAGUUGUCAUGCAUCCAAAUUUGCUGCUGCCAAUCAAAAGACCAUUGCCAGCAGACUUUCUGGAAGGGUCCCAUUUCCUUAUGUCCUUGAGAGAAGCUUUUUAAAAAUACAUGUUUUUUUAAAAUCUUCAUUUGGGAGGAUCUCUGUUUCUCCUCACUGUUUCAGAAAUGCAUCCUGUUUCGGCCCCGGCCGUCAAUAAAAUGGAUUGAAGUUGC